CAGUCCCAUAACUGAAUCGAAUCACUGCUUUAUUCCUUUUCCCAUACUCUGAUGAUCUGAUCCUGUAAUUUACCAAAAAUAUUAAAUAAAAGUAAUAAUCUGAUCGUCAUUUACACCAAAUGGCAGCUUCCAUACGCCUACGCCGGCUCGGCGCAGUCGCCGCCGUCGCCGGAGGUGCGUGCUUCACCGUCCUCGGCGAUCCUCCUAUGGCCUCCAGUGACCGGGGCGCCCCGGGUCCGACCAUGACCGCUUUAAAGCAGAAAAUUUCGGACCCUUUGAGCGCUGUGCCUUCUCGUGAAGUCCAGGAGUCGGCUUUGAUCGGGUCCAGCCCGGCUAACCCCCUGGACGUCCUCGUCGUUGGCGGCGGAGCCACCGGCUGCGGUGUCGCGCUGGAUGCCGCCACACGCGGACUUCGUGUCGGGCUUGUUGAGCGAGAGGAUUUCUCCUCUGGGACUUCGUCGAGGUCUACUAAACUCAUCCAUGGAGGAGUUCGCUAUUUAGAGAAAGCUGUUUUUAACUUAGAUUACGGGCAGUUAAAGCUGGUUUUCCAUGCCCUUGAGGAGCGUAAACAAGUUAUUGACAAUGCUCCCCAUCUCUGCAAUGCUCUGCCAUGUAUGACACCAUGUUUUAGCUGGUUCGAGGUGAUUUACUACUGGAUGGGUUUGAAAAUGUAUGAUCUGGUGGCUGGCAAACGCUUGCUCCACUUGUCUAGAUAUUAUUCAGCGCAGGAGUCAGUUGGUCUCUUUCCCACUUUAACAAGAAAGGGAAAAGAUCAGAGCUUGAAAGGAACAGUGGUCUAUUAUGACGGACAAAUGAAUGAUUCACGUCUGAAUGUUGCAUUGGCAUGUACUGCUGCGCUAGCAGGGGCUACUGUACUUAACCAUGCUGAAGUGAUAUCCUUUCUUAGGGAUGAGGGUGGUGGGCGGAUAAUAGGUGCUAGGAUAAGAAAUAAUCUAUCAGGCAAGGAGUUUGAUACAUAUGCAAAAGUUGUGGUAAAUGCGGCUGGUCCGUUCUGUGAUUCCCUGAGGAAGAUGGCAGACAAAGAAGCGAAACCAAUGAUCUGUCCCAGCAGCGGUGUCCAUGUUGUGCUUCCUGAUUACUAUUCUCCGGAAGGGAUGGGCUUGAUUGUUCCCAAAACUAAGGAUGGUCGAGUCGUUUUCAUGCUUCCCUGGUUAGGGAGAACAGUUGCUGGUACCACCGACUCAAACACCACUAUUACAAUGCUACCAGAACCUCAUGAGGAUGAGAUCGAAUUCAUAUUAGAUGCCAUCUCUGAUUAUCUUAAUAUUAAGGUACGCCGAGUAGAUGUUUUGUCAGCUUGGAGCGGCAUUCGACCAUUGGCGAUGGAUCCUAAAGCUAAAAACACAGAGAGCAUCUCCAGAGAUCAUGUUGUGUAUGAAGACUUUCCUGGUUUAGUUACAAUCACUGGUGGAAAGUGGACUACAUAUAGAAGUAUGGCAGAGGAUGCAGUUGAUGCAGCUAUAAAGUCAGGAAAGUUGAGCCCAGCAAACAAAUGCCUGACAUAUGAACUACAGCUCGUAGGUGCUGAUGGAUGGGAUCCAGCAUCUUUCACUGUAUUAGCUCAGCAAUACGUGCGCAUGAAGAGAUCGCACGGUGGGAAGGUCGUUCCAGGCGUAAUGGACACUGCUGUAGCAAAGCAUUUAUCUCAUGCUUAUGGUACUUUCGCCGAACGUGUAGCUGCCAUUGCCCAGAAUGAAAAUCUGGGGAAAAGGCUAGCCCACGGAUACCCAAUCCUGGAAGCGGAAGUUGCAUACUGUGCUCGGCAUGAGUACUGCGAAUCAGUGGUGGACUUCAUAGCCAGAAGGUCUCGCCUUGCAUUUCUCGACACUGACGCUGCUAUGAGGGCAGUGCCUCGUGUCAUCGAGAUAUUGGCUUGUGAACACAAAUGGGAUAGAUCGAGGCAAAAGCAGGAAAUGCAAAAAGCUCAAGAAUUUCUGGAGACCUUCAAGUCAUCGAGAAAUGCUCAAUUCCAUGAUGGCAAACACAACUAAUGUGUUUUUAUUUUGGCCCAACAUUUUCAAUGGGCAACUUCAUUUUCCCCAUUUUUUGCUCGAAAAGGUUUACAGUUUCCUCCCUUUCUCAAAGGGUGUCUGAAUACUUUAUCUGGUAUACUAUCGGAGCUCCAGCCGUAGUAGCUCCAUGUCAGGAACCCAUCUCAACUUCUCAAGAAUCUAAACCUAUGCAGAAAUUUGCAUUUUCAAACACAGAAGGUGCGUACCGAUGAUUAUCAUUUGCAAUAUGCAAUUUAGGAUUCUCCUUUCAACCUUUGCAUAGUGGUAAAAGGAUGUAAUAAAAGAUACACAUUCAUUUGCCAAGAAGAUUCUUCAUGAGAAUAAUUAUACAGAGUUUGGUCGAAAUAAAGCAUUGAGGGGUUGAUGUUGUC